AUGGGAACUGCGGCAUCAGAAGGAAGCUCGCCAGUAGAGGUGCCACAGGCUCAAUUAGUUGCAAAGUAUUUUGUCUCCUAUUAUUAUUCACUCCUCCAUAAAAGCCCUGAGCGCUUGUUUCGAUUUUAUAAGGAUGGAAGUAUGGCAGACUGGCCAUUGACUUCAGAGACAACCCUAAAAGGGAUAAAUGACAUGAUCAUGUCCUCAGACUAUAAGGGCUGCUCGGCAGAGAUCAUUGAUGUCCGUGCCCAAGACUCGAGGAAGGGGAUCGUUGUGGCAGUAAAAGGUUUUUUUGAGAAGGAGAGAGUGAGAAGGUCAUUUUAUCAAUGGUUUUUUCUUGCCCCACAGGAGACUGGAUAUUUUGUCUUGAAUGAUAUAUUGUUUGUGGAUGGUGACAGUAAUGAAAACGUUACAAGUACUCCUAUUUCCAGUGAUCCAGAACCUGCUGAUGUUCCUACUCAAUCUAAGCCAGCAGGGACGUCUACUUGCCCACAGGCAAUGGGCAAUGCCAAAACUGCGUCAAACGUUACUGAUACAGCUGCUGAAAUUACUACUACUACUACUAAACAGUCAAUAGACAAUGCUGAAACAGUGUCAAACGCCACUGGCCCAGCUGCUGAAGUUACUGCUAAACAGUCGAUAGACAAUGCUGAAACCGUCGUGUCAAACGCCACUGACACAGCUCCUGAAGUCACUAAACAGUCGAUAGAAAAUGCUGGAGUUACUAAACAGUCAAAUACCCCAAGCCAGAAUGUGAAACAUGAACGGCCGAAAAUUUCAUAUGCAUCAGUGGUGGCAAAAGAGAGCAAAAGAGCAUCUCCUGCAGAUAAUUCUGGUUAUAAAAUCGUAAGAGUAGCUCCAACUGCUAACCAGCAGUCUUCUGCAUCUUCCCCAUCAAAGAGUAAAAGCAUGACGCAGGAACAACCUCCUCCUAUUUUCAGUUCAAUAGAAAUAAAAAAUACUAAUAAUGAUAACAGUGUCUGCGGCGAAGACUUGGUUUCAGCUGUCAUAUCUAAGAGCAUACAUGUACAAAAUUUGCCUCCCGAUGUAACAAAAAAUGAAUUGGCUGAUGCUGUCAAGAAAUUUGGACGAAUUAGGCAAGGUGGCGUCCAGCUCAAAAUAUACGAGGAUGGGUUCUGUUAUGGCUUUGUGGAUUUUAAUUCUCCUGACUCUGCAAAAGCUGCAGUUGAGGCUCAGAAUGUUACUCUAAGGGGUUAUGUCGCUCGCAUAUCCUACAAGAAAUCUCCUAACAGAGCUGGCAACGGCACGACGAGGGGUAGUGGGGGAAAUUUCAAGGGCCAGGAAAAUGGAGAAUAUGAAGAUGGCAAUGAAGCAGUUGAUGUGGGCUGGGCUCGCGGUCGUGGCUUUAAUGGACAAAAUGGGGAAUCCGUCAGCCGAAGCAGCAGGGAUGGGAGAGCACAUAACAGUCAGGGGAGGAACGAAAGAGGAAAGAGUGAAGAUGCAAAUCAGAGGAAUGACAGAAGGAACAAAAGAGCAGAUAGUGAAAGUGGAUCGAAAUAG